AACGGGAAGGCGGCCGGGGCGCAGCGACUUCGUUUGCGGCGUUUGUGGGUCGGGGGAGGGGGAAGCUUUUUUGGUCGCCACCCCCAACCCCGCCAUUUCUCCGGGAAUUUGGCACAGAGAUCCCUAAAGAAGUGGCUGACAUCUUUAACGCCCCCAGUGAUGAUGAAGAGUUUGUCGGAUUCCGAGACGAUGUUCCCAUGGAAACCCUCUCAUCAGAGGAGAGCUGUGAUAGUUUUGACUCCCUGGAGUCGGGGAAGCAGCAGGAUGUGCGCUUCCAUUCCAAAUACUUCACAGAAGAGCUGAGAAGAAUUUUUAUAGAGGACACUGACUCAGAGACAGAGGAUUUUGAAGGAUUUACGCAGAGUGAUCUGAAUGUUAACAGUAACCCAGAAGUAAUGCUCGUGGAGUCAGAUUUGAGUGACAGCAGUGGUAAAGCAUCCUUUGUGAGUGAGGACGAGGAAGAUGAGGAAGAAGAAAAGGCUACACCUAGAAGAAGCAGGCCUCGGAGAAGCAGUAUCGGCCUUCGAGUAGCCUUUCAAUUUCCCAGCAAGAAACUGGCCAAAAAUUCCGAUAAGAACAAUUCUCCUGAGCCGCUGUUUUCUGGCUCAUGCUUACAGGACAGUAAAAAAGCAACUCUUGGAAGAAAGACAAGCUGCAGACAGGGGAAGGAGAGGGGAGAUUCUGCCUCUGAGUCUGAGGACGACGGCCAGGAGAGCUCGGACGCCCUGCUGAGGAGAACCAUGAACAUCAAGGAGAACAAGGCCAUGCUUGCUCAGUUACUGGCGGAACUGAACUCCAUGCCAGAUUUCUUCCCAGUCAGAACCCCGAACUCAGCUUCUAAGAAGAAGACAGUGAGGCGGGCCUUCUCGGAGGGACCGAUCACACGGCGCACAAACCCGGCCCGGAGCGCACGGCCCCCCGAGAAGUUCGCCCUGGAGAACUUCACCGUCUCCGCUGCCAAGUUCGCAGAAGAGUUUUACAGUUUCAGGAGAAGGAAGACAAUUAGUGGGGGGAAAUGCCAGGGGCAUCGAAGACGUCACCGUGUAUCUUCUUUUCGGCCAGUGGAGGAUAUCACUGAAGAGGACUUAGAGAAUGUGGCCAUAACUGUUCGAGAUAAAAUCUAUGAUAAAGUUCUGGGUAACACGUGCCACCAGUGUCGGCAGAAGACCAUCGACACCAAGACGGUGUGUCGGAACCAGAGCUGUGGUGGGGUGCGGGGCCAGUUCUGCGGGCCGUGUCUGCGGAACCGCUACGGGGAGGACGUGAGAGCGGCGCUGCUGGACCCGGAUUGGAUGUGUCCUCCCUGCCGAGGGAUCUGCAACUGUAGUUACUGUCGGAAGCGUGAUGGCCGCUGUGCCACAGGGAUCCUCAUUCAUCUGGCCAAGUUUUACGGUUAUAAUAACGUGAAGGAGUAUCUGGAGAGUUUACAGAAGCAGCUGAUAAAAGACAAUUAAGAGAGAGAAAAAUCAGCCAACUCACCGUGGAGUACUCCAACAAGACAUGCCGUACCGUUUGUGCCUAAGAUUUCUUACUGUUGUUUUUAUACCAAAAUUCUUUGUAGAUGUAAAUUCUAUUUUUUUUAAAGAUUUGUUUAUACACUUAAAAAGAUUUCUCAGGAAGACAGCAGAGGAAUCUCUAUCCAUGUAGUUGCAGGCCUGUUUGUAUACUGAAUUGUUAAGCAUCUGCAGAUGAUUAAAAAGCAGUUUAACACGGAGUUAAAAUUGCAGGUAAGUUCCAGGGAAAAAACACUGUACAAGCGGCUCUUGCCUUCGACACAGUUUAACUAUCAGCGUGGCCUUGAGCUUUCACCGCCCAAACAGUAACUCGGGCCCAGUGUUUGCAGGGUUCUGGCCCCUUUUUUACACCUUACCACCAGCAACCAUGGUUCAAACCACAUAGUUUAACCUGCUCUGGGUCCUUGGAAAUCUACAUUGAAGAAUGUUCCCCUAAAUUACAAAGUGCAAUUGAUCACAGAAGUAGAGUUUUAUUUCUAUUAAAACCUGAACAAAAGUGAACCGUCACAUGACCGACACUGGAGGCCUUGGAGGGCUGCUGGCCGGCAGGAGCAGCUGCCUCUUCAUUGAGGAUUCACCUGCUGCCUGAGGUCAGUUGCUUCUAUAUUUUAAAAGAAUAUAAGGGUUAAUUUUUAAUUUAAAAAGAUUUUGUUUAAUAUCUGAAAGAACUAAAACAUACGGACCGGGAGACUUCCAACCAUGUUUUUGAGGUUGAAUGUAUGUUCAAUGGAACUUUGAUAAAAAUGUGAGAAAUACUAUACUUUUUUUGUGUUGCAGGAUGGGGGAGGUACUGGGGAAAGUUGAAAGUGAACAGAUUCUGGAGUUUUCCUGUAUUUUUUCUACAUUUGCUUUUUGUCCCCCCUCCUCUACUUUUCAAGGGUGGUGUUUAAAAAAAAUUAACACACAUUUAACUUACUUAAAAGUUACCUAAGCCAGAAUAUAUCGUAUGCCUCUUGGUAGAAUAAGUGACCACGCGUAGCAGCGGUGACAAUGACAGAUCCUCACUGUGUUCCGGCGGAGGCUGGAGGAAUGGGCAUCCCGGCACCAGGGUUUUAUGACUCUAGCAGCAGAGCCACACCUGCAAGCAUCCAUCGGGCUGUCUUCUCUUUGCUCUUCAACCUGAAGGUCCAGACGUAGUCAGGGCCCCUUGUCUUGGUUUUGUACACAGGACACUCGUAGGUGUGUUUGGUUUCCUGUCUGUCCACGGGUAUGGCUUUUGCAAAGAUGACUGGCAUCGCUGACCUUAUCUCCUUGAGGCGGGCGUCAGCAAUGGUUCCUGACUGGGGGUCCCAUCGGGCACCUACAGCAGAAACACAAGGGUGGCAACUGUAGCAUGGUGGUGCCGAGCCUCUCGCUGUUGUAGGCAAUAAAGUUCUUCUGGUUUUGUCACAUGA